CAGCCAGUAAUGGGCAGAAUAGUCUAUCAACUCCCAGAAGGUCCGACAUCUACCUACAAAUGCCAACACCUCAUACCAGUGGAUUUCCUGUGGAGAUAGAUGAUAUGGAAAAGACUCAUGAGAGUGACCUCCGCCCGUCUCAAAAUGGCAUCCACGAGAACUCCCCUGAAACAUUGGGGCUAUCCAAGUUGCAUUGGUGGACAACAAUCCCAUUGGGCCUUGUCUUCAUUUUUAUCGCUGCCGGAUCGGAAGUUGUAUUAGAGCGCACGCGCCACGGGUUAGGAUUUGAUAUCUAUCUUACCGACACCGAACUCUCUCGCGGUAGACAGUUCCUGAAGUCAUUUCUGCCAUCUAUUCUUUUCACUCCCUUAUUCCUCUGGUUCACAACAUCCUAUGGUGCUAUCAGGCUGCUCAAACCCUACAUUGGUACUGAGAAAGAUCGGGACGAGUACGAAAAGAACAGUCCGGGCUCGGCUGUGCUUCUAAGUUUCAGAAAGCACCAUUGGGUGGUCUUCAUACUCUCUUGCAUCGCAAUCAGCGGUGGCAUUUUCCAUUCCCUGGCUGGAUCAUAUUUCCAGAUUAUUCCGACGUCCCACCAGCAGGCAGCGAGAGUGCGUAUCGCAGGUAAAACGGCUCAGGGCUAUGACAAUCUUACAAACUCAUACAUCCCGUUCGUGGAUGCGGCAGGGUUUGUGGGCACCGUUCGCCAGAUCGGUGCUCUGUAUUCUCCAUUUAUCUUUGAUGACACCACUGGCAAAACUGGGAAUUUCUGGGUGGUGCCAAGCCUUACUCCCACUGAUUCAAGUGCAUCUGCCCAAGGUGGAAACGUGAGCAUCACAUUCAAGGGAUUGUCGGUGCAAGCCAAAUGUGCUCCGGUUCCAUCACCAGUAAUCUCGGGUCCGGACAGCGCCAAAUUGUACCACAUAUCGGGAUCUCUUCCCCAUAACUGCUCCGCCACUUCCUAUGCCAGCCCCGAUGGCACAACAUGGUACAGCUGGAUGGUUGACGCCCCUAUUGGAUGUGUGCGAGGCAUCGACCCUGGUAACAACUACACACUCCCAAGUGACCCGGUGUAUUUCUCUCCCGUGGCAUUCUCUUUCUUCAAAAACAUAUCGAGCUACUCGAUGGUCUUCUGCUACAGCAUGAUAGAGGAGCACGAUGUCAGCGUUAAACUCGCGCUCAAUGAUGACAUCCCAUCCAUUUACGAUGUCGUGGAUCUAGGUAACGUCUCAUUCCUCAGUUGGGGUCCCAGCGGGACGGGCUGGACAAAUCCUGAUCCCCGGGUAGAAGGCAUCAAAGACGCGAUCCGCUUUGCCUUGGCCGAUUCCAUUGUGAAGCACGUGGGUUUGGACGAGGUUGGGGGUGGAAUGAACACAUCAGAACAGGACAGGAUUCUCAGGGAUGGGGCCUCUGUGGUUGGAUAUGCCGAGGAUGCCAUUAUAUUAUUUCAAGCAACCGUCGCCCCUUCUACGCUUGUCGUUGGGCCGCCGUACUUAGAGACUGCCACACAAUACGUGCAGACAUUCGGCCUGGUUGCCAUCGCUCCUGUGGCCCAUGUGAUGACUGCCAUGUGUGCAAUCGUUGGACUCAUGCUUAUCGCGCUCUUCAUACAUCAUUACAUAUGGCGCGAGGGAUCAUUGACCAGUGCCGCACCUUCAGCGAGUACGACGGCUCCAGCGCUGGCUUCAUGAAUCAAUGCUCCCAGCUACACGGGAUUGUUGGAAUGUCGAUGCUUCACCAGUGGAAAUAUGCGGCAAGCAUGCAGUUAAUCGUUCUAGUACAGAACAUAUCGCAAUGGUGUUAAUUUUUCUCCCGAGUAUUACGUUGCUUACAAGGUCUGCAUGCUCUUAAAUUAUUUCUCCUUUUCUGUCAACUACAGUCAUGGCAUAAUGCCGAAAUGCAUGUCGGAAAUUUACCCAGAUUGUGUAAAACAGAGAAAUGUGAUUGCAAUGCU